UAAGUGAUGGCUAAAUGAUGGCAAGCAAGAAAUGCAGUGACCUUAUCCGACAAGCAAACAGUUCAAGGAUUAAAUAUGCGUAUACUGCACUUGUGGAAAUAAGAAAAAAGUAUAUGAAAACACCUAGAGAUGUUGGUAUGCUUGUUGAUGCUAGACUGGUCCAAAGACUUUUAGAUCUGAUCCGGUCAAGAGACAGUCUAGAAGAGCAGUAUAUGUCAAAGGUCAUUGACAUAUCGCUGAGCAUUCUGGGAAAUAUGUGCAUGGAAGGUGUCACUAGAAAACAGGUUUUAAAAGAUAAAAAAACAGGUGUAACAAUUUUGGUUGAAUUGUUUGAAGAGGUUGAACCAGAGAGCCUACAAAACCGUGCUUGUCGGUGCCUGUCAAAUAUGCUGUUAGAUCCAGGUAGCUGGGAGCUUGUCUGCUGCUCUUCUGUCAUUGAGAAGAUUGUCAAGCUUCUACAGGACACUGAGAAAGAUGAAAUCAAGCAGACGUGCAUUAGAGCUUUAAGGCUGCUUGGACAGACUGGUCCGCAUGUUCAGAAGCUUGUUGAGAAAAAUGUCAUCAGUGUCACAUCAAAGCUCAUUGACAGUGAUGUAGACACACUGAAGUCGUCUGCACUAAGAUGUAUACACAGUCUAUCUGUCCAUGGAAGUACUCUCCAAUUUGCCAGACAGGUGAUAGCUUCAGGUAAAAUACCCUACCUAUUAUCACUAGUAAAAGAAUCUAAUAUAGAAGCAUUCCAGAUAGUCACUCGUCUCUGUGAGCAUCACAACUUUCGAGCCGAGUUUGGGAAUUCAGGGGGAAUAACCAUGUUUUAUGAGGAGUUUUCAUCACAGGAGCCUUUCUGGGAAUAUUUAAGAGAAGAUUUAUUGAGUGUGCUUUGUCUGUGUUGUAAGGAAGCAGUAAAUAGAGUUAAACUCCGAGACGAAAAUGUUCUGCGGUUUUUCAUACAGUCGCUAGAAGAUGCUAAGUUCCGAACAUUACAUGCACGAAUUAUCAGUGCCCUAGUUUGUUUCUUGUAUGAUGAGACGAGUUUUGAUGUGCUCUUAGAUAACGGUCUAGUCCCUUUAUUGAUAAACCAUUUAAAAACUUAUAUAAUGCAAGAAAAUGAUGCUGGUAAUGAUGAUGAUGAUGGCCAUGAUAGUCAUAAAAAAGAGAAAGAAGCUAUUACUGAUAAACUAAAGGAUAAAGAAGAAGUGACAGAGCCACAUGAUUCAAAGCAGACCGCUGGAAGAAUAGAAGACAUAGAAGACAGUGAACCAAAGUUAAACACUGAGCCCAAUAUUCAUAUAGUUAUUGACCCUGCACAAGAAAUAAAACCAGAAAUUGAAGUGGAACAAGAAGGUUGUCAAGACAAUCUAGUUGAAGAUAAAGUGGAGAAGAAAACUGAAGUAAGUUUAGAAGAUACUGAACAUGAGGAGACAGAGCUAUUUAAAGAGUCUGAUGACGGAAACGAAAAAGAAACCAAUGAAUUUAAAACCAAUCAAGAUGCUGGAAAGGUAACAAAAAGACCUGUAUACAGUAUCGAUAGUCCAAGUUAUAGGUCCAGUGUGGAAUGGGAACCUCAGGACUACCAAGGUGCAAAGUGCAUCGAAAGAUUCACACCUCCUCAUUCAUUUGAGUAUUCCCUGAAGAGCUCCUAUAGUCCACUCAGCAAUUGUUCAUAUUAUUCUCCAGGAGAAAGUUCUCCAGAGUACAGCCCACCAUCUUCUCCAAAUACCAGUCCAAGUCCACAGAGGGCUAGUAGAAAAAUAUUCCCAGAAACCAGUCCAAGCAGUUGUCAUAGUUACAAUUCUUUGACUGGUUCACAGUCGCCAGAAAAUUAUCACCCGAAAUACACAGGCAUAAAUUGCAAGCUGUAUAGGACAUCUUUAAGUCCAGCAACUAGUCCAGAAUGUUCAAAAAGGUCAAUAUCACCUUUUAACACCGAUUUAUCAAGUCCAGAAAGAGGCUCACAGGAAGUAGAUGUAAAUGAUGCACAUGAUAAUUUAUUUUUGAACAGCUCUGAAGGAAUCUCUGACGAUCCAUUCACUUUGGAGGAAAGUCCUUUAGAUCCGGAACAAACACAAGCUAAAGUCAAACAUUCAGCUGUUGAUUCCAGUCAAGGGUUUGAUUACAAGUAUGACAAGACCGAUAUUGAAAACACUAGUAAUGUUCCAGAUAAUGUAAAAAGUGAAUUUAUUGAAGAAGGAAAUGAAAAUUUCAAUAAAAAAUUAGCAACAUUAAAAGAAACGCUAAUAAAGGAGAAAGGGCAUUGCAAAAGGAAACGGGUUCCCAGCAGAAAUAACGUUACGGAAUACAACAUUUUGGUUCUGUUAUCACGGGUAUCUCAAAUGACUGAUCCCACGAUGCAACUGGUUACCAUGGAAGUUUUAGACGGUAUGUUCAACUAUAUGAGCAUCAUGGAAUUUCCACUUGCUCGAUGUCCGCGCCUGCUAUCAAGAGUUUUCAGAAAUCCUUUAUGCUUUAACAAACUGUUGAUGCUAAGCAUCCCUAUGACGAUUUUUGACAAGCUUCUGAAGAACGAAGAUUUAAACGCUUUAACAAAAGACUUGCAUAACAAGAAAAAGAUUGUGAAGAGGAAGUCAAGCUAUGGGAAAGCAGAAAUUGAGCAUGAAGUUUCAGCAGACGAAGAUAGGUUUUCAGUUAGUGAUGACUCCAUAGAAGAAGAACAUUUGGGUAAAAGAAGGAAAAUAGCCGAAGGAGUCGAUAAGUCACAGCAGUCUUUUUCAUUUAAAGGUAUGACUGGGUUUUUUUAUGUCAUUUUUCAUAUUUUUUUAAUGUAAAGGAAACUUCAUAUGAAUGAAGACCUUCCAAGUUUCAAUGCUUCAUUUUGAGACAACUGAGUAACAUGACAAUUUUUUAAUUUAUCAAUUAAAUUAGACUCUUCAGUCAUAAAUUUCGUAUAUCAUUUUGUGACUUGCAUGAGUUACGUGAAACUAAAAAACUGUAAGUACGGUACUCGGAUUUUAAAAUUUGCAGGAAAUAAACAUAUGUUCAAAAUGUAUCCUGGAAAUAAUAUUUGAAAAGUAAAGUGGCUAUCUAUCUGUCUGUUUUUCUGUCUUUCUGUCUGAAUUUUUAUGCAGUUUACAGUUAUCAACCAUGCAUUCCAAUAUGAUUCAAUCUUUCUUAAUGGAAGGUGUGUA